AUGCAGCUGCAGCCUCACCGCUUGAGGGCGCAGCAUGCGUCCCAGCGUGCCAGCAGAACGCCCGUGGUGCCUGCCUCUCGGCCCCAGAGCGCCGUGCAGCAGCGCGUCGUGGUGGCACGGAACAAUUGGAAAGUUUUUGGGCCCUCUGCGGAGUACAGCGACGGGGAUGCAGAGUAUUUCCGCCUCACGAGCCAGCUCUCCGAUCAGUAUGAAUGGUUCGCCCCGCGCCAGGGCGACGAGGAUGCUUCAGUGGCUCCGGAGCAGGAGGAGGGGCAGCAGCAGCAGCGCGUGAUACGGCCAGAGUUCGGCCUGUCGCCGCGCGAGAUAGCGGCGCUUGGCCUGUCAGGGACGCGCAGCAACCUCCCCGACCCGUCCACGCUCUCCGCAAAGCACUACAUGCGCGGCGACCCCUUCAACCCCGCGGACCCCGCCAGCCUCGGUUUCAGCGCCACCCUGCAGCGCGGCGGCGCGGCGGGCGCGAGCAGCAGCAGCGGCGGCGGCGGCGCGGCGGCGGCGACGAUGGCGCGGGGGCGCGCGUACAGCGGUGCGCGGGCGGCGUACGGGGACUACCAAGCCUACCCCGAAGGACGGCCCAUCUUCAUGCCCGAGGCCGAGCGCUUCGGCAACCCGCCUGACCUCCCCUCCCUACUGCUGCAGCAGCGCGUGAUUUACAUCUCAAUGCCGGCCAUCUCGGCUGACAACGAGUUCUAUGCGAUCUGGGCCGCCCUGGGCUUCACGCGCGCCCCCCUCUACACGGGCGUUACCUGGAAGGCCCAGAACCAGGCCGCCGUGCUGCUGGCUGCCGGCCUCAAGGGCCACCGCUACUCCUUCCCCCACUCCAAGAUCAGCACCGCGCCGCCCGUCAUGAACCGCGUGUUUGGCCAGGCGGUGGACGCGCAGCUGCAGGCCAACGAGCUCGACUACGCCACAAAGUACUACGCGGCCAUCCUGGCGCGCGCCACCGGCAAGGACCUGGCGACCUGCCAGAAGGAGUACCUCAACCGCAAGCGCUACUUCAGUGUGAAGGAGGCCUACGAGGAGGGUCUCGUGGACAAGCUCAUCCCGGGGUACAAGCUCAACCGCUUCCGCAAGAUCGCGCGCGACACCUUCGGCGACCAGGAGAGCUACUUCGGGGCCGACAAGCCCAAGUUCAGGUUCAACCGCGCCGACAAGGCGUGA